GCUGAUCAGGAACUCCGAGUUUGUGAACGCGAGUCUGAGGUGUGUGUGUCUGUUCCUGUGCCUGUGAGUGCGUUUGUGUAAAAGGGUGCAAUGGGAAGAAAUUGCGUGCAAUUUUGAGGAGAGCUGCGAGGGCUGAGAAAAUAUGUAUGAGUCCUGGAGUUGAUCGGAAAGAACUAAUCUGUGACUUUUAGGUCGAGGCAUAUCACCUGCUGGGUGCAAAGAACGUGUGCAUUCCGAGAGCUGAGUAUUCAAUUCCACACAAGAGGUCUAAGGCUUUGGCUGACCUAUCUUCACAACAGAUGUUAUCCAAACAGUGAAGUCUUCCAGUAACAGAGUUGUUUACAUUGGGAAGGGCAUUUAAUUGCCCCUCUCAUGGAUCCUCUUGGUGCUCGCUCUCAGUUUGUUGAUAUUCAGACUUUACCCACCUGGGACCAGUCUUUGGAUCAUCUGGACUCUUGCAAAUCCAAUGGCCUGCACUGUGUAGAAGAUACUGUUCCUUCUCCUUUUCCAUAUAGGGAAGACAUCAACAGGAAAAUUAUUCUUUUUAAUGGAGAUGUGGCUCUUCUAAAUUGCACUGCCAUUGUAAACACUAGCAAUGAAACACUCACAGAUAAGAACCCUGCAUCUGAUUCAAUCCACCUACACGCUGGUCCAGAACUUAAAGAGGAGCUUCUCAAACUGAAAGGUUGCCGUACAGGGGAGGCUAAAAUCACUGAAGGCUUUAAUUUAGCUGCCCGGUUCCUGGUUCACACAGUUGGACCCAAAUAUAAAGCUCGGUAUCGGACUGCAGCUGAGAGCUCACUUUAUAAUUGCUAUAGAAAUGUCAUGCAACUAGUAAGGGAACAUGCCAUGUCUUCAGUGGGGUUUUGUGUUAUCAACUCGCCCAAAAGAGGAUACCCAUUAGACGAUGCCACGCAUAUAGCAUUAAGAACUGUGCGAAGAUUUUUAGAAAAAUUUGGUGAAACUAUAGAAAUGGUGGUGUUUGCUGUCACAGAUUUUGAGGAGCCCUCAUAUAGGAAGUUACUGCCUCUUUAUUUUCCAAGAUCAGUUCAAGAAGAACAUAGGAAUCUACUUCUGCUUCCUCCAGAUAUUGGCAAUUCUGAAGGGGAACCUGUUGUACCAGAGAGACAGAUUCGCAUUUCUGAAAAACCUGGUUUGCAAGAAGAAUACUCUGAUGAAGAUGAUCUGAAAAGUGAUCUGUCCUUCGUGGGAUCUCAUGCCUUUUCCCGUAUGGAAGAUGAUAUUGACAAGCAACGGAAGCUUGUUCUGCAAGGCCAAAUGUCUGAUGCAGCUUUGCAAAAACAGCACCAGAGGAACUAUAAUCGUUGGUUAGGCAGAGCAAGAGGUGAGGAUCUGUCCGAUAUUGCAGCGUUAAAAGCAUUGUAUCAAACAGGUGUGGAUACCAGGGGCCGAACAGUCAUGGUCAUAGUUGGGAGGAAUAUUCCAGUUACACUGAUUGAUAUGGAAAAGGCUCUUCUCUACUUUAUUCAUGUCAUGGACCACAUAGUCGUGAAGGAGUAUGUUAUGGUGUAUUUCCACACCUUAACAGGAGAACACAACCACAUAGACACGGAUUUUAUUAAGAAACUUUAUGACAUUGUUGAUGCCAAGUAUAAGAAAAACUUGAAAGCCUUCUAUUUUGUACACCCAACAUUUCGUUCCAAGGUUUCCACAUGGUUUUUUACCACUUUUAAUGUGUCUGGACUGAAAGAUAAAGUUCAACAUAUUGACAGUCUUGGUGAGCUCUUUGCAUAUAUUUCACCAGAGCAAAUAGACAUUCCUCCAUUUGUGCUGGAGUAUGAAGCACGGGUGAAUAACUCCUACCACUCGUACCCAUUCUCUGACCUGUAGUGAAAAUCUGAAGCUGAUAUUCUUCAUGCAAGAGAUCUGAAAUAACCUCAACACCCAAUUUCUCAGAUAAAUGUUAGGCUGAGAGAGAAGGUUUUUUUUUCGUAUUGUUUUUACGAGAAAAUUUGAAAUUUUGAAACAAUCGUUGGGUGCUUGGUUUUCAGCUUGAGCCAUUAUAAAGACAAGAGUUUGUUCCAGAAUGAAGCACCAGUGUGUCUUAAUAUCUGAAAUCCACUAAAGAUGGUGUUCUGUGAUGCUUAUCUGCAAAAUGAGUUGAUGUGAAUGUUCACUAAUUGAUUUUUUUAAUGGUUAAACACAAAGUAUUUUUAAUUUUUCUUAUAAACGUUUUCUUCUUGCUGAAUCACCCCACACCACAAAUAGAUUGACUGAGCCAGGAAUGCAGACAGCAAGUACUUUUUCUACAUUUUAUUUCUCUUUUAAAGAACAUGAUUUGUUGUGCACGUUUUUUGUGUAAGAAAGCUGUAGAUCACAUUUAAGUUUAUUUCACGUAUGGCGAUUGUUGUACUGUUAUUUUAUGAUUCAGAAAUAUUCGUUUUGCUGAAAAGGCCUAAUACCUUUUGAGAAAAAGCGCUCACUAUACUAUCUUGAUACAUGCUGCAGGACAAUAAAAUGUUUCUUUUGUGCUUAAAUUUUAUUCUAUGUAACAUAUGUAAAGAAGAUAUAAAAACGAUAGUAUUAGUUCAAUAAAAUCAUUGCAUUGCAUUGACAAGACAUAAUAGAAGCAUUGGCUUGUCUCAAAUUUGCCAUAGUUUUACUUUCUUCCCCCACAAUGGGUACCAUAUGUUUGCUGUAUCAUCUUUAGCUGCUCAAAACCUUGUACCUUGUUCUUCUCAGUCUGAGCUGUCUGUUUAACAAUAUUCGUCAGUAACAGUCGAAUAUAGCACUUUAUUUUUGUUUCCAGACAAUUUAUAAUCUCCCACUUCCAUAGUCACUUUCCAGUAGAAACUUUAACUUGAAAAAUUCAAGGUUGCUUUUGAAUAAUCCACUUGAAAACAAUCUUUCUGAAGUUAUUUAUUGAUUUGUGGCCAUACCCAAGCAUACGUGGGGUCAAGUAAGUAUCAUACCUGACUGUGCCAGUAGUUGGUUUGCCAUUAUAACUAACAUGUCUUUUACUGGUUUCUCUCUGUAUUCUCUGUUCUCUCAAUAUUAUGGAUUUGAAAAUUUUCUUUAUAAGUCACAAUGUGCAUGCAACAUAACCACCAAUACAUUGUCUGUAACAUUUCUCACUUCCAAGCAAAUAGCCUUUUUGAUUAAAUUCAUCUUCUAUUUUGUGUAGUUCAUAUAAGGCCAUGUGGACGUCUCAUGAACUUUACAGACUUUUAACCAAAUCAUGAUAGUUUGGAUUGUGAGAUCACUCUUGAAAUAUACAAAAUCUGUGGCAUUUGCUGAGUAGAUUUGCAGAUUCAAAAUGGUGUAAAGUAUUCCCUUUUCUUAGGUACAAAUUCCUUUUUAUUUUUAUCUUUGGAUUCUUCCUCAUUAUAUUCUAAAAAUAGUGACUCACAGUGCAAUGGAAAUGACUUGGAUUGAUUAAUUAUAAAUGUAUUGGGGGGCACUAGAAGUGUUUCUUUAUCAUACUGGUACAAAUGCCUAAUUUUAUUAUAUGCUUUGAUUUAUACCUUUUACAAAUUGACAGAGUGCUUAUAGUAUUCAUUUGAUAAAGCACUGAUGUAUUUUUCACAGACUAAAUUUGUUCAACUGAUAUUUAUUGGUAGCUUAUAUAUCCGUGAAAUAACAGUUUGUUUUUAUGUUGUGUUUUGUCCAUUGUUUGGUUUUUUAUUUGUAUCUUCCAUGUUUUUUUUUUUUACUGUCAGUAUGUGUUUGUGCAAUUAAAGAUGUCCUUAAGUAAAUAAGAAUGUGCUAAAAUAAAUAUAUCUUUAUAAAGAAGAAUCUCCUGCGAAUUCUGCUUCUAUGAAGACGACUGAAAAACCAAGUAAGGAACUGAAGGAGCUGCUUCUUUAGGUUUAUAUGAUGGGAAUUGUUCGGUAGACUUUUCACAAAAGUACUCAUUUCAGUUUAAUUCUGAGCCGUUCACUUUGCUUAUCAUUUUCCUGUAUUCUUUGUUCCAGUUGUCAUUCACAUGCAGGGAUAUAAACCUGAGCAAAUGCUUUGAUUUACUCCUGUCAACGCGUUCAAAUCAAAAAUAUAUUGUAAGCAUGUGCUAGAUAUAUAUUUUUAUGAAGAAACGAAGCACUGUUUUUUCAUAUGUUUUCUUGUAUUUAAUUAGUGCUAAGAGGUUAUUGGCUUAUACUUUGGAAUAUAAAGUAUUGUUUUAAGUAUACCCUUUGUGUACUCAAUAAAGUUGUUUGAUUUGUUUCCUUUAAA